CCUCUGCCCUUGCAAUCGUGUAGGAUUGUGGGUCGAUCAUGGCGGAUCGCAUCUGUUCGGCUCGCUAAGAUUUAGAUUUCUUUAAUCUUCUUGUAAACUAGAAAUUAUCUCUUAAUUCUUUGUGUAUUUGUUUUGAAAGACGAGUUAAGGCUUCACAAAUGCUGAAACAGUUGCAAAUGGGCCUUCGUGCGUUCUUAUUACUCGCUUCUCGAGUGUGGACUUGUAUUUGUUAUUUGCUUAAGAAGCAGGUUAGAGCAUUUGUCCAACAUCAACCUGUAAAAUAUGAAAUAUAUCCAUUGUCACCACUAUCAAGACACAGGCUAAACAUUGUCAAACGCAAAGUGCUUGUUCUGGAUUUGGAUGAGACCCUCAUACACUCUCACCAUGAUGGGGUUGUGCGGCAGACUGUCAAACCAGGAACUCCACCUGACUUUGUUUUGAAGGUCACCAUUGAUAGGCAACCUGUGAGGUUUUUCGUCCACAAACGACCGCACGUUGAUUUCUUCCUUGACAUAGUUUCCCAGUGGUAUGAGCUGGUUGUGUUCACAGCAAGCAUGGAAAUAUAUGGAGCUGCUGUGGCUGACAAACUUGAUAAUAGAAGAGGGAUCCUGCGAAGACGCUUUUAUCGCCAACACUGCACUCUAGAUUGUGGGUCUUACACAAAGGACCUGUCAGCAAUUUGCAAUGACCUGUCUUCUGUGUUCAUCUUGGACAACUCUCCUGGAGCCUACCGUGCCUACCCAGACAAUGCAAUUCCAAUCAAGUCGUGGUUUUCGGAUCCCAUGGACACAGCUCUCCUCAACCUUCUGCCUGUGCUUGAUGCAUUGCGAUUUACUCAAGAUGUGAGAUCUGUAUUGUCUCGAAAUUUGCAUCUUCAUCGUGUUUGGUAGUAGCUUAGGUCUAUUUGUUUGUCCUUAAUUUAUUUCUGAAAGAUUGCUCUGCUUGUGUGCACAUUGAGUGGUAUGAAAUGUCAGUUUUAGAAGGAAAGGGACAGCUGUCACCUUUGGUGUAGGCUUUUAGUGAGUGAAUUUGGAUUGAGUGGUUUGAACAAAUUUGUUAAAAUAUUCUAAGAGGAGGAAUGGAAAAGCCACAAAUGUACAAUGACCUUAACAAUAAUUCUUAUCAGUUCAAUUGAGAGCUGUGUCCCUGACCUGUAGUGUUUGCAUACUAGAAAAUACGAAUUUUCAUAACAAGCAUUACAAUAAUGUGCUAUUGUCCUAGAUUCCUUAAUGACUGCCAGAGGAAAAUAUGAUGGCACAAAUGUAUUGACAAUGUUGUAUAUUAUUCAGGCAGUGCUCCUCUUUCAUUCAUGUAGUACCUUAUAAGUAUGCUAAGUUCUCUGUCAUAUGAUACUUAUAAGUAUUUUAAGUCUGAACAUACUAUGUGAAGUUUGUUACUGAUGCACUCCCAAGUCAUCUUCCAUGAGUCAUCAGCAGUUGAGAUCAUUUUAGGUCUCUGUUCAGUCCCUCCUCAUGAUUUUCCCUCUGUUUUAAUGGUAAUUUGGAAACUUAGACUUGAGUCAAUCAAAGCGGUCUUUUUCCAGUAACUUUUUGGAGUUAAAAAAAAAGAAAAAAAAAAAGACUCCCAGUGACACCUUCUCUCUUGCCCUUUGAAAGUUUCUUCCUUCAGUUUGAAAAUUUUUUGUUUUUCAGGUGUCCAUUUAUUAUCAAUUGCAAAGUUUGUUUUAUUGACAGUAUAUUUGUCAAAAUAUAUUUGUUUUUAUUUUUCCUAUCUGUACUGUUUUAAAUGAUUUCAAAAUCUAACAGUAGUUAGACUUGAUGCCAUUUAUGGCUUGUACCAUGCCUUUGUUCUAUUCUUGAAGUUUCGGGUUAAAAUUUUGAAACUUGCUGCUCAGUAAUUUUGAGCUAUCUGGGAAAUAUGAUGAAUCAAUCGUAUUGUGUCACUUCACAGGAUUUUCUUUUAUUUUGAAGGGUUGAAGUGUAGUGUAUGGGGGCAAAAGUGGAUCAAGGUUAAUAUUUGGGAGUAGUUCUCUAUCUGUAUAUUUUAAUACCUAAGAGUUGUAAUUGUUCCCUGGUGACUAGUCGACAGUGUCCUGUUCUAUACACUAAAAAUGUCUUGUACAUCUGUUAUAAUAUUCUACCAUUUACUUAAAACUGAGAGAAUUUACUAGCCUGUGAUAAGAUUAAUACAGGAAGUACUCACCUUCUUUUCAUGUGUAGUAUCAACUCUAAUAUUAUUAUCAUGAAAUUUUGUCUCAUUUUCGUUUUUGUGGUCAUCAUCAUCUUCAACCUUCUUCCUCUCAUUGAAUCCCUAAAUUUUACGGACAGCAUCUGUUCUUUUAGUAAGACUUUUUAUGAUGAUCCCCUAUGUAUGUUUGUUUUGUGUGCAAGGUUUAGGUUUGUAUCUGUGUGAAUGUGUUUGUGUGAAUGUUAACUUGUGUAAAUGAGUUGUGAUGAGGGUAGUUUACUUCAAGCCUUACCAUCUUCUUUGUAACUGUAUCAUUAUUUUGUGAUGACUAUUUUUAUGGCCAUGAUUGUUAAGGUUUUGUUGUAUUUUGUUUGUAUAUCUGUUAAAGCUUAGUGCUGUGAUGAGGCGGGAUAUUUUUUUAACAAGAUCUCACCACUUAGCUGGAAAUCCUGUUGCUAUUUUCAGCAGAAAAAGUGAUUCUUUUUUUUUCUAUUUUAUGUUUCAAUGUUUUUGCUUAUGUGGGUCACUCCAGGUAGUCACGUUCAGAGCUUGUUUUCCUGAAGACUGGAUGUGAAAUGUUUGUCAACUUUCAAAUGACACUGCACUCCCCAGUCGGUCAUCAUGUUAAGCACUUCAUUCUUCAGGUGGAACUUCAAAAACUUAUAUUAGCGAUGAGAAAUUUUGAUGAAAUGGCGCUGUUAUAAUCAUGGCGGAGGAACCCACAAAUGCAUUAAUAUAAUUUAGGUAAUGUUUUGUUGCUGUUUAAAUGCAAUUAAAAAAAAAAAAAUACAUUUGAAAUGCUGCAAAGGGCAUUGUGUUCAGAGCAUUUGAUGAGGAUGACACAAUAUCAAUACAAUCUGAUCUGUCACUCACCUUUGCCAAAAAGUCCUUACACUGAGAAAUCCUGUAUGGUUAGAAGGGCCUCCAAAUCAACUUCGAUUCAGAAGUAUGUUGAUUAAAGCUAGGAUUCUCUCCAAAAAUAAACCAAAUCUAAAAUGUCA